UUCUUGCUUGCCAAGUUGCACAUGGACUCGCUGACGACUACACUGACCCGAAAGACGUUGAAGUCCGCGCUGCAAAAGCUACGCGACGCACAAGAACCUUCGGAAAGCCCCUACGACGCUGCCUACGCGACAACGUUGCAAAGAAUAGAAGAGCAGCCUGAGAAUAUUGUCAGGAUGGCCAAGCAAACACGUGCUUGGGUCACUUACGCUCCCUUGGGAGUUGAAGAGCUGCAGCAUGCGCUCGCCAUUGAGGAUGACACAGAAGACAUCGACUUGGACAACGUCCUUGCCUUGGAAGAUAUUUUUUCUGCCUGUGCUGGACUCCUGACCACACUCGAAAGCGACUUAAGCAGUUGUGGGAUGCCCUCCAGGCGGUCAGUCCAUCUCGUUCAUUUCACAGCUCAAGAAUAUUUGCAUCGAACGCUUGACGAAUGGUUCCCUGGUGCAUAUCUGAAGAUGACGCGCGACUGUUUCACCUACCUCUCUUAUACGACAUUUUCGUCACGGCUGUGCGUCAAGUGGCGGGUAGAGAAAUAUCGUGCCUACCCUUUCCAUGGAUACGCCGCCAGCAUUUGGGGUCACCUCGCUCACGAGAUUGAAGACAAGCAUAACGCGAAAACA